AUGCGGAGCAGGCUUGCAGAGCUCGAGGUGGAGCGUGAGUCCGCCCUGAAAGCACAAGCGUCGGCGGAGCAACUUCAGCAAGAGGUUCAGCGGCUGCACGCAGAAGCGGCGGCGGCACAAGCAAAGCUGGCCGACAGCGAGGCGCAACGGGCAACUGCCGCCCAACAUGCCGCUGGUUCUGCGGAGCUGCAGGAGGAGGUGAACCGUUUGAAGUCCGAGAUCGCCCAGGUGCCAGAAUUGCAAGCAGCCGCCGAGAAGCUGCAGCUGGAAGUCGAGAGACUCACAGCCGAAGCAAUGGAGGUGCCAGCAUUGAAGGUGCAGAUCGCCGAGGCGGAGGAACAGCGGGCCGCUGCCUUGCAAGAUGCUGCGGGCGUGGCCGAGCUUCAGCAGCAGUUGGAACGGCUUCGGUCCGAAGCUUCGGAGGUGCCCCAUCUGCGGUCCAGGCUGGCGCAGCUCGAGGCCCCUGCAACCGGCGUCGCGGCUGUCGCGGCUGGCCCAGCGCCCACUGUCGGAGGUGCGGAUGGUUGGGACGAUUUUGAUUUUGACAUGGAGGCCGCUGCUCCUACCACAGCAGCAGCGAAACCUGACGCUGGACCUGGUGCAGAGGCAGAAAACGAAGGCGUGGAUGGCUGGACUAAUGAGCUGGAUCUGGGAGAUGCCGGCCUGACGAUGGGAGAUACGGGCGGUCCACAGGUCGACAUGGCUGACGACUUUGCCCAGGGGACGAACGGUGACGAGAAAGCCACAGUGGACGUGCUGCAGGCUCGAAUUGUUGAGCUAGAGGGCCAGCUUAUCCAAACUCAAGAUGUCCUCCGCCAGGCUGAAGAAGCCAAGAAUCAGGCCCAAGCAGAGCAGCAGAACGCUGCAAAAGAAGCAGAGGAAGCACAACUGCAGGCCUUGACAAAGCAGCAAGCUGCCGAAGAAGCAGAGAAAGCAAGACUGGAGGCCAAACGCCUCCAAGAACAGGGGGAGCGCGUGCGCACAUUGGAGGAGCAGCUGUCAGCCGCCGAGGCGGCAAGGCUCAAAUCCGACGAGGCACACGCAGCGUCGGCUGCACAGUUGGCGGCUUUGGAACUUGAGGUGACCAAGUUACGCAGUUGCCAGAAGGUCAGCCCGGAGGAGGAGCCGGUCAAAAGCAUGCCGCAAGCGACCUCAGCAGGGCAGGGAUGGGAUGACUUCGACUUUGAGGAGUCUGUCCCGAAAGAACCUGCGACAAAGGCAACUCCUCUCGAGAGUGGAGACCACGCCUGGGACGGCUUCGACUUAGACGAGUCCGUGCCGAAAGCAGCCGAGCCCAAAGCGAAGGCUGCGGUGGCAUCCGCUGACAGUGAAGGCCAGGGCUGGGAUGACUUCGACUUCGAGGAGUCCGUGCCCAAAGCGGCCGCGCAGUUGGCCAUGAGCAUGCUGGGUUUGCGUGUUCGAUAUGCCACAGCAGUGGGGGAGCCCAAAGCGAAGGCUGCGGUGGCAUCCGCUGACAGUGAAGGCCAGGGCUGGGAUGACUUCGACUUCGAGGAGUCCGUGCCCAAAGCGGCCGAGCCCAAAGCGAAGGCUGCAGUGGCAUCCGCUGACAGUGAAGGCCAGGGCUGGGAUGACUUCGACUUCGAGGAGCCCGUGCCCAAAGCGGCGGAGCCCACGAUGACGGCACCCACGGCGAUCCAUGAGCCGGCCGAGAGCGGAGGUGCGGAUGGAUGGGAAGAUAUGGACUUCGACAUUAAAGACACAAACACGACUGCUACGGCAAGCCAUGAUUGCUCAUCGAUGCAGGCGGUGUCCAUGUUCUCCACAGCCACGAGGCUAUUCGGCACUGCCACGAGCAUGGCUCAAGCAGCUCGUGCGGCGGCGGAGUCGACCUGGGCCUCCCAUGAAGAAGCGCAAGGAGCACGGCUCAAGGAAGGUGUCGCCCCCAUCUCAUUUGCAGACGGCGAUGCCGCAGGUGCAGCAUCAGCUGCGUCACAGAAGCGCAUGGAGGAAGAGCUGGAGGUGCUGAAAGCUCGACUGACAGUGGCGCAAGAUCAGCUGAAGGCAGAGCGUGCAGCACAUUCGCAAAGUGCCGCGAAGGCCCUUAGUGGCGAGGUGGCUGCACUCUCCGAGGCCCUCAUCCGCGAGAGGCAGGAGUUCGAACGGGAGAAGGUCCAGCUUGGCAAGCACCUGCGGGGAGCGAAGGAAGACGUGCAGCAAGCUCCAGACGAGGGGAAUGGGGACCUCACUGAGCAGAUGAUGGAGCUCCGUCGGCAGCGCGAUCAGGAACGAACCAUUCUGUCGGUCGUUUUCACUCCCUUUAGCCUGGGCAGGGAGGCAUUUGCUUUGGUGCAGUAUGGAAAGUUGUUUCUCCUCCACGGUUCUGAGGGCCUUCUCACCUCCAGCGAGCAGCUGAAGCUGAUCGGUGGUGCCACGGCCGUAGGUGGAUGGGAAUUGCCGAAGGCCAUCGAGCUUUUCCCCGUCCACGGCGGAACGGCAGAUGAGCUAGGCUUGCGCCGGUGGACGGCUACAGUCAACUUGAGCGACCACGGCCAUCGGUACUUCGAGUAUAAGUACAUCAAGCUCGGAGAGGAUGGCUCAGUGGAGUGGGAGGACACGCCGUUCAAUCGCAAUCUCAUGGCAGUGCCAGGUGUCGACUUCGACGUUGAUGACGGAGAGUUCGGCAAGCUUCCAUUGCCUCCCGAUUUGCCUGGCCCACGAAGCCCGGGGAUCCCUGCGCCACAGCCAGGCGGCUUGCGGGUAGCCAUUUGCGGCAGCUCAGUCGCUGCAGGGGCCCACGCAGAAGAGGAUCAAGGAUGGGCCUGGCUCCUGGCAAAGAGCUUGGAGGCUCAGUUCGGCCAUCAGACGCUCAAUGUCGCCGUGCAUGGCUACAACACUGAGCGUCUCCUGCAGGACUUCACGAGAUUGGUGGCCUCGCAGAAGCCAGACAUGGUGGUGAUCUCUCUAAGCUUGGCAAACGAGGGGCUCUCCUGGAAAGAGGAGGAUGAGUGGGAUGCGGUUGCUGCCAGCUUCAAGAAUGGCAUCCGAGAGUUGUUACGCGAAACUGAGAAGAUCGGAGCGACAGCGGUGCUGGGCGGAGUUUACCCAAAUGGGGACUACAAGCACCCGAAGCAACUGGUCCUGCUGCAGGCAGGGCAUGGCAGGGCGAUGAAGUUGAGAAAGGGAUUUGCUCCGCUCGGGGAUGUCGCAGCCUUGCCCACUUUGCCUGCAUUUCAGCCGAAGUGCCACUGGUGCUGUCGAGACAACGCUUGUGAUCAUCUGGUUCUGCUAAUAUUGGGAUGUUGUGCAAACCCCAAAUGUGCGUUUUAA